CCUUCUUUACAGUGUUCGGCGUUGAGCAAUUGGGACGCGACCGAGCCCUGGAACGUACCCUUGUCCAUACUUGCCAGCCACCCAUACCAGCCGACCGAUGAAGCCUAUGCCACCUCGGCGGGCCCGGUAUCCCUGUCUCCGCUAUUUACAGACACGUCCCUUGCGCAGACUAGCACUGCUUUUAUUCAAGGUAGUGGUUAUGCGCAGCAAUUCGAAGAGCCGCUGUUCGGUGAUCUCACUUUUAGCUCGGCCAUGCCCACCGCCUCGAUCGUGCCACCUUCAUCUACCUUGGCUGUACCUGCCACCACAACCUCCAAUAACGCUACGUCGACGAAUACGAAUACGACUAGGAAUGUCAGCACGAACGAGUUUGUGGUGGCGCCUAAACCUGUUCGGCUUGUCAACCCGGCCAUCCAUCUCGCCGCGCUAGUCGAAGAGGGUGAUGCCACCAGCAUUCUAGAUGUCACACAGGACUCCACUCUCAUCAAUAUUUCUUCGUCUUCUACGUUGAGUGAAGAGGACGGAGGAGAGGACGGUGAGAAUGAUGCGGAUGAUGAGGCGGAUGAUGAAGACAAGACGGUCUGCUCGCCCUCUCUAAAUAGUGCUGACUCGUCAGAGUGGACGGUUGAAAAGGUGUGGCAGGGUAUGUACGAGGAGCAAGAAGAUGCAAAAGCACUCGUUCAGCCAGAGGUGCCGUCGAACGAGCUGGCUCCCUUGUUCGAUGCCUCUUUGUUUGGUCAAGACUUUGUACAAUACUCGCCUCCAUCAUCAUACCCGUCGCAAACAU